GCUGUAUAAUAGAGUAUAUCAAAAUAGGUGCAGCAGAAUGUCCAACAGUUGACAAUAAAGAUGAGUUUAUGUUUGAGAUAAACUCUAUGUGCUAUCAUUACAUUGAAAAACCAGAUAUUCAGGUAACAUUCGAUAUUGCUGAACCUGACUGUAGAAGUAGGAAAGGUCAUCUGUUAACUAUUAAAGACAAUGCAACACAAGAAGAACUUAAACGUCAGUUAGCAAAUGUUGGCGAUGUGCAUACCAUACUGAUUGGGCUGAAACGUGACGGAGGGGUAUGGAAAUGGGUUACAGGAGAGAAUCUACUUUACAAUAACUGGAAAGAAGGCGAGAUAUGUAGCAAUUGUGACUGUGCAAAACUGAAGCUGAGAGAAGGAGGAGUGUGGGAAUCUGUUCCCUGCCAGACUGCAGACUGGUUUACGGCUUACGUGUGUCAAUAUGCGCCAGUGGACGGGUCAAAUGCCGCUUAUAAUGUACAUCCGGUGCAAUGGUCGGUUCUAUCAUUAUUGUCAACACUUACAGCCGCUGUGGUUUUAACACUUCGUCACUGACAAUAGGGCAGCGGGUUGGUUGAGAUCUUAAUUAUUUAUAUAGUGAGGAAGGCUCUGUGAAGAUAUGAUAUUUUUGUGAUUUGAUGACUAUAAUGUUGGAAAAAAAGGAAAGGAUAGCUUUUGGACGUUGAAUUUGACGUUUAUCACUGUCUUGUAAGCUAAGCUGUACGGUUGUAAAUGCUUAGACAUAAGUCAUAACGGGAAGACACCCUUUAUUUAUAACGCGCAAUAAGAAAGAACGCCAAAAGAGUUUUUUUUUUAAUAUUAAAAAGUCAAUUAUAAAUAGGAUAAAGAUGAUAUCACUUCUCCGUCUGGCUUUUUUUCUGUUAGAAGUGUCACAUAUACCGUUGUACUGAUUUCAACACAGUGUAUAACCGUGAUAAUUAUGAUAGAAAAAACUCAUUUCAAAACGACAAGUUUUAAAACGACACAAGGAUGUGGCUUAAGCAACUCAGUGACACAAGUGUUUGAAAUCUUAACUUGAAGCGCAGGAUAUCUGUUCUGUGUUUGAUAGAGUACACGUCAUUUGUAAUAUCUUCUUUUUUAAGAAACAUUUCCGUGUCUGUAAUUUGUUCUAAUUGUUGUUGACUUUUAAUUAAAACUCUAUCAUCAUCUUAGAUCACGUAAUUCAAAAUCGAAACUUAAUACAUGUAUAUCACAUUUAUUAUUAUCACGAGCAGCAUUAAUUUAUUUUAAAAAUUCAUUUACUUAUUAUAGUUAAACUUUUUCUAUUACAAUAUUCAAAACUUUAUCAAUAUUGAAAUUAAUAUCGACUUUAAAAAAUGUAAUGUAGCUUUAGUCAACAUAAUAUCUAGUCCAACUAAUUGUACUGCGCGACGAGAUAUUGUGCUAUUUUCGUGUCUGGGCAAUAAAGCGAGAUUCUGCCCCAGAACGAAAAUAUCUCAGAAUAAAGCUUUGGCACGCCAAUAUAUUUUGACUACAUAAUAUCGAGCAAAUGUUGCGAAUUUUGUCACGUGUUUUAUAGUCAUCAAAUUAACGCCUUGUGACAGGGAACAAUAAAAAAUUUACCUCAACUUUAUCUUAAAUACAAAUGCAUUGAAACGGUCAUCCAAGUACACAUAAUUUAGAUUCUUGAAUAAUUUCACUUUUAUUUUUGUUUUGUUUUUGUUUUGUUUAGAAAAAAAAACCAUUAUGAUUUACAUUUUUUAUAAAAAUGUUUACAUGUACAAACAGUGAAAGAUCAUGACAAAACCUCAUGUAUAUAUCUCUCUGGUAAUAAAUAUUUCAUAUUUUAA